GGUUCCCGAACGGCUCGUUUAUCUGAGAAACGACCACAGAAGAGAGGGUGUGUUGGAAAGCGGCUGAUUAUGACAACGAGAUGCGUUUAAUGGAUUACAAACUAAGUAACACCGUUCCCCCUUUCUCCUCUUGCUCCUCUGAGCAGCUGUGACUGUCGCGUGCGGACACUACGCGCACGUCCUCUGACAUAUCUUUACUUGUUUUCCUCCUCCGAGAAAUAUGACGUGCAAUUUACUGGCUUGUGUCUUACUUCUUUCGGUCCUUUGUACCUGCUCCCUGACAGUGGAGUACGAGGAGGACUACGAGGAUGUGACUGUAAACCAGAUGCUGGCUCCUAAAUCCCAGGAAACCGACGCCACGGAAAUACUCAAUAAUUUACUCAAAGAAUAUGACAAGAAACUGAGACCGGAUAUUGGAGUUAAACCAACUGUCAUAGACGUUGACAUAUAUGUGAACAGCAUCGGACCGGUGUCUUCAAUAAAUAUGGAGUACCAAAUUGACAUCAUCUUUGCCCAGACAUGGACAGACAGUCGGCUCAGAUACAACAACACAAUGAAAAUAUUAACUUUGAACAGCAAUAUGGUUGGACUUAUUUGGCUUCCAGACACCAUCUUCAGAAACUCCAAGAAUGCAGAUUCGCACUGGAUUACGAUGCCUAACCAGCUCCUCAGGAUAUGGAAUGAUGGGAAGAUACUUUACACCCUAAGGUUGACUAUAAAUGCAGAGUGCCAGCUGCAGCUACACAACUUUCCAAUGGAUGAACACUCGUGUCCACUGAUCUUCUCCAGCUACGGAUACCCCCGAGAUGAGAUGAUUUACAAGUGGAGGAAAAACUCUGUGGAGGCGGCUGACCAGAAGUCCUGGCGUCUGUACCAGUUUGAUUUUAUGGGCCUAAGGAACACCACAGAAAUAAUUAAGACAACAGCAGGCGACUAUGUGGUGAUGACUGUCUACUUUGACCUGAGCAGAAGAAUGGGCUACUUUACCAUCCAGACUUACAUCCCUUGCAUCCUCACUGUGGUUCUCUCCUGGGUGUCCUUCUGGAUAAAAAAAGAUGCCACUCCAGCCAGAACAGCUCUAGGCAUAACCACAGUUCUGACUAUGACUACUCUCAGCACUGUGGCCAGGACGUCAUUACCCAGAGUGUCAUAUGUCACCGCCAUGGACCUCUUUGUCACUGUUUGCUUCCUAUUUGUCUUUGCUGCCUUGAUGGAGUAUGCAAUGUUAAACUACUACUCAUACAGCAUUCAAAGACCCAGCUACAUACAGCCUAAAAGACCGAACUACUCUGUCCUUGAUGUGAGACCUCCUCCACAUGCCAUCAUUGCGUUAAACAACUCCAUGUACUGGCAGGACUUUGAAGACACCUGCCCCUACGAGUGUCUGGAUGGAAAAGACUGCCAGAGCUUCUUCUGCUGCUUUGAGGAGUGCAAAGGAGGCGGGUGGAGAAAAGGGCGUGUCCACAUAGAUCUGCUCGAACUGGACGCUUACUCACGAGUAUUUUUUCCCACCUCCUUCUUGCUGUUCAACAUUGUCUACUGGGUAGGCUAUCUCUACCUUUAG